AUGAAGAAAGAUGAUCCCACACUAUCUCUUGUGGUAAAUCCCACGCAAAGAUACAACCUUUAAGCUUCCAAAGAUACCAUCUUUUCUUCACUAUCUGUAAAUUGUAAUCUUGAUUUUUCUUCUUUUGUGCUUCUGAUAUUUCUGUGUGUGCUUAUUAAUGGUGGGUGGGGGGUAAUGUGUAAUAUCUGUAUAUCCAGCAAUAUUUAAUUUGAUCUUCUUGGAUCCACAAAAACAUGUCUUGUUCUUUCACCUUCUCAAAAAGUGCAAACAUUUAAGGAUAGCAGAAAAGAAGUUGUUUUUGUUCAAUGGGGUUAUGAUGGACUCUUUCUUCUUCCAUUCCCUUGUUCAGUGAAAGCAUGGAACUAAGGGACUUGGGUUGCAAUGUAUAAGGUCCUAGCAACAGUUGACAGUCCAUAAAUUUGUCAAACUCAAUAGGACAAUUGCUUUAAGAUUUCAUUUGUUGAGAGAGCAUAAUGUUUGUUACCGGCGACUAUGAUCUGAGUUUAUCAUUGAAGUAUAAGGAACCUGUCAAAGCCGUUUUCAAGGAGACAAUAUUCGGGCAUGAUCAUACAUUCAAGACACAGGUUUAUGAACCUCAUCACCUGUGCUACACCCAAGAGGAUACGAUGAUGGAUUUGAGCUGGAAAGAGUUGGAUAGAGCUUGUUUUAGCAAAGGAGGCCAACAAGGAAAUCCAGUUGCAUUUGGAAAUUUUACCAGAUCACCUAUGUCUGUUGAUCAGAAGAGAAUUUGCAGCAUCCCUAAGGUGUUCAACUGGUUACAAGAGAAGCAAGUCAUGUUUCCAGGGUUCCAGCAACGACAUUCAAAUCCUCAAAUUUGUCCCACUCAUUAUCUUGAUCAUAUUGAUAGGGGGAACUUGAAUAAGAGACAUGGUUUCUUCAAUAGUUUAGAGAAUUCAAUCACAGAAAAUCAUUAUUACCAUGGUGGUGUAGCACAUCAUUCUGAGGAGGUUAAUCUCUCGUUGAGCAUUGGUAGGAACAAUAUGAAAACAACUGUCAGUACAAAGACCUUUGAUCAUAUCAUUGAUUUAGAAGAAUCAGAUGAUACUAGGGAUUCUAAUGCAGGACUAAAUCCCCAGUCUCCUAUGGAUUCUACUCGUGUUUCUUAUUCUGGAUAUAAGCGUGAUUACCAAUGCACUCAUAGCUUCACAAACAACGCUACAGAUAAUUGGUUUGAUGGGACUACACAAAAAUAUUUUGUUCCAAAUGACAGCACGAGUUGUGUUGAACAGAACCCUUUAGCUGAAGGAGUUGAACAAUGUGAGAAGACUCUCCUUUCUAGAGAUAUAUCAGGAAAGGGCAAAGUUCUUUUUUCCGAUGAACGAGCUUUUUUGGACCUUAACAAAUCCAUAUUUGAUGAUUCUUUACACUUUGAUGAUCCUAGCUUGGCAUGUUCUUCAAGUAAAUCUUCCUCAAGAGAGUCACACGGACUGUCUGGUGAGCCUCGUGAAAGCACCUUUCCCACUGCUUCUAAAAGGAGAGAGCAAGAUGAUGACAAUCCAAAUGAGACUUCUGCUAUUGUUCCCCAAAGAAUUCUUAGUCCUGUGACUGGCAGCAAUCACGGUUAUAAAAGAACAAAAAUUGUUGGAGUUGAACAGUUCUUGAUAAACCUCAAUCAUCCUCUUUCAGACAGUAGUGAAAAUCCUGGCAGUCUCACUACUGACAACGAUGAUCAAGUUUCUAGUACACCAGAAAACAAAAGCAAGGAAACCAAGCAUGAUCCAAUGUCUUCUCCUGACUAUAAGACUCAAGAAUUUGUCAAGGAUAGCGGUCCUGAUAGAUCGCUCUCGUCAUGCAAAUCUUCUUGUUUUGAGGACAUCUCAAGUGGCAUAGAGACAUUGCAAGCCGGAACUCAAUUGAAAAAUUCAGGUUCUAAAAAAUCUGAAACACUUCAAACAAAUAUAUCUCCACGUCAGGAGGAUGUCGACUCUUCCAGUAACAGUGAUCACCAGAUGGGAGAAACAUCAGAAGUCGAUGAUCAAAUCAGAAGAGGAGCAGUGUCCCUCAUCUAUCUUGCACUGGAAUGUUCUGAACCAAGCGUUGUUAUUAGCAUGAACAAGAUUGAAGGUGAUCAAAAUACAGAACAACCACAAUGUUCUUCAGACACUUUUGAAGAAAUGGUGCUCAAACAACCCGAAACCUCCAUUGACGACUGUUGUGUGACCUCAAAUGCAUUUGAAUUCAAUGCCACAGAGAGAAAAGACUAUGGAAUAACAUUAAAGAGAGGACGAAGAAUGAAAGAUUUCCAAAGGGAUAUUAUGCCAAGCUUGGCAACACUUUCUAGGCAUGAGAUUUGUGAAGAUAUAAAGAUUAUGGAGACAGCACUUAGAUCAAGAGAAUACAAGAGACAUAGGUCCAAAAUGACUGAUGGAAACAAGUGGUUCAAUCCUGUAAGAAAUAGAAGAUCCAGACUCAACUAUGUAGGCCGCAAGUAUUAUUCAUGAAUUGUUGAUUUCAUCAUUGAUAUUGAGGAAAUUGUGACAAAUUUAGCAAAGAAGAUAGGAUCAAAGAAUUGUUAUGGAAGUUUUGACUCUUGACCAUGAUACUACUUUUUGAUAUCUAUGUUAAGAGUUCAAUUUCGAACCAUACUUAAUUUGUGCAGCGUCUGUGUUUUGCUUGGGACUGAGGCGUAGUUGUUGUCUAUGUUUUGCCUCUAACUUUAUUCUCCUAAGCAACUAUUUAAUCUAAGGCUUCUAGGAGGAUAAUUUUGUUAAAUGAAAAGAUUGCCAUGCUUGCAAUAUCUAAGACAGAACAGUGGAUCAUGU